CCGCCCACGACUCGCUCAAUGUAAACCCCAUCAUGGCCACUCUCGCAGCAAACGACCAGGAAAAUGCUGUGCGCCAUCUGCAGGCUGCCGCCGCCGCAAAGUCGCUCGGCGCCGGCCUGAAGGGCUUCAGCGCCAAAACACCCGGAAACAAGGCCCCCAAGACGCCCUUCAAGAUCCCCCUCAACGACGAAAACGCCGUCGCCAAGGGCGGAAAGUCGGUUCUGCAGACCAAGGGCAAAGGAAACGAACUGCUCACCGGCGGCAAGGGUGGAAAGGCUGACGACAAUGCCUUUGUUACGCCAGCCGGGCCCCGCAUGCGUGCGCCGUUGGGUAUGAAGACGACCAAUGCCAAAUCAAAGGCCUUUGCAACCCCCGCGCCUCUGUCCGCAAAGACGCAGAAGUUGAGCCCGCGCCUGCGCCGUCCCAAAGUCAAGGUCCACCAGCCUGAAGCUGCCCAAGAGUCUGAAGAUGACGUGCCCGAGGUGGAGUACAUGCCGCCCAAGGAGAUUCCGCUUGAAGAUGACAUGGACGAGAUCCUGCCGAGAAACUGGACGAUGCCCAAGAUUAGCGAGCAGGAUAUGGUGCGUGGAAUCUGGCAGGCUUAUCACAACCCGAUCGAGGACGAUGGCCGGACGCGCGAGCAGCGCAAGUUUGAGGAAGAGAUCCACCGGGAUCGCAAGCAGCGCGACGAGCAGUUUGAAAAGGCCUUUGCAUCGCAGAUGGCCAAGGACGAUGCUGAGAUGAGGGAAUACUAUGGCAUCAAGGAACCCGAGGCCACCAAGCCAGCAACCUCGGUCCCUGUGCUCCGAAAGGCCCUAACUGGACCGUCGACUAUUCGCGCUCGAUCUGCAGCCGCUGCGCUUUCUUCGGCAAAGCCCAGCUACGCUGCUCCUACUGUAGCUGCCAAGUCGCGCGUGCCCACUGGUUUGAUUUCUGGCCGAAAGGGAGCGAAGACGCCUACAGAGCUUACAGCAUCUCGUCAAGCCUCGGCAGCUGCAGCGUCAAAGAGCACCAUUGGCUAUGCUCAGGGUCGUGCAGGACGUGCCGCCCCAGCAGCACGCAAGCCUCUUUCCAACGUCACGAAGCCUGCGCCUUUCUCUGCCAUGUCGCGACCCGCGUCCGCAACCCACAACCGCAGCGCGAGCACCAAGAUUGGCACUAUCCGGUCUCGCGGUCCUCUUUCCCGUUCCAGCUCGACCUCCACCAGCGCCACUCUGGUCACGCCUCCUGCCGAGGAAGACCAGCCUCGUCGCACAGCCGAGGAUGUCGAGCGCGACAUGGAAUUGCUGCUUCUCGCCCGCUCCGACGACGAGGGCGAUGACCUGUGGACCAGCAGUUUCAACAGGCAGUUGCAUGGAGGAUAUGUCUUUGAGCAGGACUACGCAAACGACCACGACAAUGCUGACUUUCAGUUCCAGCUCCCGGAUGGUUUCUGAGAUAUUCGUGUAUUGAGCAGGAAGGACAUGGCAGGAGAGGCUACACGUGUAAUUGCUAGCAGUAACAUGGUUUUUACGUCUAUUGGGCCAUGGGGAGUUUGUUAAUGGCAUGGAAUGGAAUGGAAUGGAAUGGAUACC